GACAAAAACAUUUCCAUGCAUAUUAUGAAGUGACGAAAAUAAAUAGACAAAUAUUUGCAUUGAUUAUUCCGUGGCCUCGGAAGUCGUUUGUUUUCAGAUCUGUCAAGCAAGCAGAUUUCAAAUAUUCUGCGAAGUCAGCUGUUUUCCUAUUCACGUGCUGUAGUCUCACAGAACACCAAAGAGGAUGUGGAGUCUGAUCUUUGUUUUGCGCUGAUAUCUGACAGUAAGAGUGUGAAAAGAAACAAUAAUCAUUGAACUGAAAGCCUAGUGAUAUAUGUCGACACAAUUUUAACAUUCAGAGACGGGACGGUUUUGGGCAACUUCAAGAAAAUGAGGAGGUCUUAAGCAAAUAUUGGAAAACCGAACCCCGUAAAUAGUAAAUAGUUGAAAUAGGUCCGCAUUUGCGAAGAAGAUACCAUUUUUGGGGGAAAACGCAGCAAUUUCUUAUAGAUAUUAUUGAACAUGGAUAAUGCUAAUGAGCAUCGCGUUUGCUCAUGUAACGCAGAAAAUGAUCUUGAACACAAUAAAUGCGCUAGUAGUUGUUCGUGGUCAGGCGAUGAUGAAGGAACCCUUGCAUUUGAGGAGACAGAUCAGCUAAAUCCAAGAUACGUUCCUGGAAGCAGUUCUGUUACAGAGAUUGAACAAAUAAUGAAAAGAAAAUUAAAAUUUUUCUUUAUGAAUCCAAUUGAGAAAUGGCAAGCGAAACGAAGACUACCUUGUAAAUUCAUUGUACAAAUAAUGAAAAUAAUAUUGGUAACAGUGCAGCUGUGCUUAUUUGCACAUAGUCGUUAUAAUCAUGUGAACUACACUUGGGACAACAGAAUAGCUUUUUCCCAUUUAUUUUUGAGAGGAUGGGAUGCAACCCGAGAAGUCAACUCGUACCCACCAGGCCUGGGGCCACUUGCUUUGUAUAAAAUCUCAGAAUUUUAUGACACUUUAGAUUUUGCUAUUGAAGGUUACUCAAAUUUAUCAGAAGCCAUUGGCCCAUACUCAUAUACAGAAGAAGAUAAUUCAAUGUCAUCUCCAAUGUUGUGUUUUUCACAAUAUAAAGAAGGUUCAAUUUUUGGUUUCAAUGAAAGCUAUAUAUUUAACAGUGAAAUCAUUGAGACUUGUGCAAAUUUUACUAAUAUCACUAAAGGAUUCAGCUCAAAAGAAUUUUUAAAUAAGCAACAUGUGAAGAUAGAAUUUUCUGCUUUAGUGAGUGCCACAUUGCAAUUUUCUGUGAAGACUGUUAAUUUCAAGGCAGCUGGCCCCAUGACUCCUCCUGAUUGCUACAAAUUUGAUAUUGAGAUAAGUUUUGAUAACAGAGAUCAUGAUGGACAGAUGUUGUUAACUUUGGAUGCAGAUGCAGUCAGAUUGUGUUGCAAAGGUGAUAUUGAAUACACAGUGGACAAUGAAAUAGAUCUGAUACUCCGUAGUAUCUUGAAUUCUCUGGUCAUUUUCAUCUGCAGUAUAUCAUUUAUUCUCUGCAGUCGUGCUGUUUAUAGAGCUCAACAACUUAAGGAGGAAACCAGAAAAUUCUUCAAGGCAACAUACAACAAAGAUCUGAGUGUUGAAGGUCGUCUGGAAUUUCUAAACAUGUGGUACAUAAUGAUAAUAGUGAAUGAUGUUCUAAUUAUUUUGGGAUCAGCAAUCAAAGAACAAAUUGAAAAGCAGGUGAGUGGACAUCCAGGGUUUGUGAAAUUGGCUGAAGGGUGUGUGAAAGCUAUACAAUAUAUAGAAUCCAUGGACAUCAUUGUUUGCUCUGUUGCUAUUGGAUUGUCACAUUUUACAAUGUUCAAUUGUUUGUUACAGGAGGUAGCAAGUGAUCAGUGGAAUAUUUGUGGAGUAUUGUUGGGCACUGGAAAUCUUCUUGUAUGGUUUGGUGUUUUAAGAUAUCUUGGAUUCUUUAAAACAUACAAUGUUGUGAUAUUGACUCUGAAAAAGGCCACACCGAAAGUUGCUAGAUUUCUAUUGUGUGCUGUGCUGAUUUAUGCUGGAUUUACUUUCUGUGGUUGGCUUAUUUUAGGUCCAUAUCACAUGAAGUUUCGUUCCUUAGCCAGCACAUCAGAAUGCCUCUUUGCAUUGAUUAAUGGAGAUGAUAUGUAUGCUACAUUUUCUAUAAUGUCAUACAAAUCACCGAUGCUGUGGUGGUACAGUCGUGUCUACUUGUAUUCAUUUAUCAGUUUAUACAUUUAUGUUGUAUUGAGUUUGUUUAUAUCAGUUAUUAUGGAUGCUUAUGAGACAAUAAAGUUGUAUUAUAAGGAUGGAUUUCCCAAAAAUGAUGUCCAAGAAUUUAUUGCUGAUUAUAUUGAAGAAUCUUCAAGUAGUACAGAAAGUAUAUCCUCAUGUUACAUGUCCUCUAUCUCUUUAAGAGGUUUAUUGGAUGUAAUUUGUUGCAAAAGGGAAAGGCCUCGCUGCAUUUUGACUCCCAACAGGGUUCCUAAAUUUAAACAACGUUCUUCUCAUGGUGCAAAUGGGAUUUGUGUAUGACAAAUAUGCUGUGAAUGUUUUUGUGUUACAAAUUUGAAAUUGUAUUAUUAGUCUUCUAAGUAGACAUGUUAAGAACUAGAAGAGUACUUAGGCAAUUUGUGUUUAUGCUUCUGAAUGUUUGUAUACUUGACUGACUCUUUAUGACUUCUGGAUGUACUAUUAAUGUGGUGAUUUAAAUACUACAGAAUUUGUUCAAAGUGUCAUAUAUUGUGUAAAGUGAAAGUGAAGUAUUUUGUCUCCUAUACUUUGUUCCCAAGCAUGAAAAAUCCAUUAUCAAAAUAUUUGAUUUGAAUGGAAAAAAUAGGGAGAAAAUGGUGAAAUUUAAUAAUCAUUUUUAACGCCAAUGGGUGCAGCAUUAGUGGUAAAUUUGAAAACUGAAGAAAUUUACUUGCUGCAUGUACACAAGACUGUUUGAAGUAUAAUGUUCAUUGCAGUUGUGAAAAGUAUGUUCUUGCACAAUUUGAAAUCUCAACACAUUUUCUUCAAAGUAAAUGUGUGAAAAUUAAGGACUAGCACUUGCCAUGUUCUUUAAAAAAUCUUGUUAUUUAGUCUUUCCUUCUCAUUGAAGCUGCAAAUCAGCUUCCAUUGUUAUAAUUAGGAAGUAUUUAUUCCUUCAUUUUGUUUCUUCUUCUAUGGUUUUAAAGCAAAAUAACCUCAUUAGACAUGUGCUUUGGUAUUGUUACACUGUUGUAAUUAAAGAUGUCGUUGAGAAGUAGCCAAAAUAUGGCAUUCCAAGAAUGUGUGUGAAUGUUGCUACACAAAUUUUGUUCCAAAGAUUGUAUUUAUGUGCUUUGUAUUAAGAAUCAUGAUUGGUUGUGAUAGGAUAUUGUACAAGUUUCUAUUGUGACUAAAUAAAAUGAAGUCAGUUGAACAUUCUUUUGUGCUCAUUGUAUAAAUUAUGACAAUAGCGACUGGCAAUUUCAAAAGGUGGUGCACAAAAGUAUGCCUAAAAAUUGUCAAGUAGGACCAUUGUCUCCCUAGUUCCAACAAACCCUGUCGUUCACAAGCUCUACGGAUACCUGAAAGUAUUCAGGCAUUGCCUCGUGAUGUAAUAGGCACAAAUGAAUACGGAGAAAACCAAAGUAAGUAAUGCUACAAAAUGAAAGAACAUUUAACUUAUUUUAUUCGACUUCUCAUAGUAACGUUUUUAAGCGUGCAAAUACCGAUUUUCAAAUGAAUGUGACUAACAACUUUUUAGUAUUAAAUUUAACAGCUUAUUCACAUAAACAAAAAGUAGUCUUUAAAUGUGUGAAUAUAUUCGCCAACAAAAUGAUUAAUAGAGAAAUUGCAGAAGUCAAAGUUAAUACAAAUUAGACUGAGUUUGUGGAGUUUUAAUCUUUUCACAAAUUAGGAGACAAAAAUUUGGAUGUGUAGAGCAAAUCCGGGAAAAAAUCAAAUGU